AUGGCGGACAGUAUACGAAUACUCGUCGCCACGGACAAUCAUGUGGGUGCCCAUGAACGUGAUUCGACCCGGGGUGAUGACUCGUGGAGAACAUUUCAUGAAAUAAUGGAAUUGGCCAAAGAGCGAGAUGUGGACAUGGUUUUGUUAGCUGGUGAUCUGUUCCAUGACAACAAGCCUUCACGGAAGUCCAUGUACAAUGUCAUGCGAUCACUGAGAUUGAACUGCCUUGGCGACAAACCAUGCGAGCUUCAGAUGUUGAGCGACGAAUCGGAACACUUCGAUGCGACCUUCGAUCAUGUCAACUAUGAAGACGAGAAUAUUAACGUCAGCAUCCCUGUCUUCUCCAUCCACGGAAACCAUGACGACCCCUCGGGUCAAGGCCACUUUGCUGCUCUGGACAUCCUUGCUGUAUCUGGCCUGAUCAACUACUACGGCAAAACCCCGCAAAGUGACAACAUAUCCGUCAAGCCAAUUUUGAUCCAGAAAGGGAGCACCAAAUUGGCUCUUUACGGUCUGUCUAAUGUCCGCGAUGAGCGUCUUUACAGGACCUUCCGUGAUAAGAAAGUUGUCUUUCAUCGCCCAGGAACACAAAUGAAGGACUGGUACAACCUAAUUUGUGUCCAUCAAAACCAUCACGCCUUUACAGAGACCUCUUACCUACCAGAAAACUUCCUACCAGAUUUCCUCGAUUUGGUUAUAUGGGGUCAUGAACAUGAAUGCCUCAUCGAGCCAAUGCUAAACCCAGAGAUGAAUUUUUACGUCAUGCAACCCGGCUCUUCAGUUGCCACUUCCUUGAUUCCUGGCGAAGCCAAGGCCAAACAUGUGGCUAUAGUCAAUAUAAAGGGUCGAGAGAUGCAUUCAGAACCUAUUCGUCUCAAGUCUGUGCGUCCAUUUGCAUACAAGGACCUUGAGUUAAGCUCAGAUAAAACCGCGUUUGCGAUAGCAAGCAAAAAGGAACAACAUCGAACAGAGCUCACCCAAUAUCUGAUUGGCAUCGUCAAUGGAAUGAUUGAAGAGGCGAAAGCCGAGUGGGAGCACGCCCAAAGCGAACGGCCGGAUGGCCACGAGGAAGAAGUUGAAUGCCCACUACCUCUUAUACGGCUACGCGUCGAAACGACCUCAUUUGACGGUGUCACCAAGUUCGAUCUGGAAAACCCGCAACGCUUUUCGAACCGUUUCAUCGACAAGGUUGCCAAUACCAAUGACGUUGUCCAAUUUCAUGUCAAGAAAAAGAACGCCGCUGCCACCCGUCUUGCCAAAGAUCACGAAGCCGACCAGCGCGUCAUGGCAAAGAUCGCUGAGUCUGAGAAUUUCCAGGUGGACAAUCUCGUCAAGGAGUUCCUCCAGGCUCAGGCUCUGACGAUUCUUCCGCAGAACCAUUUUGGCGAUGCUGUGAAUCAAUAUGUGGUCAAAGACGACAAACAUGCCAUGGAGUUAUUCGUGAACGAAUCCUUGGCGAGUCAGAUAAAGAGUCUUGUGCAAUUACAGGCCGACACCAACGAAGAUGAUGAUGACGACCUUGACUUGGCAACUCACAUUCGUGAAGGCCGAGCUCGACUUGAGGAGUUGUUUGCCAAGGGCCUGAUCAAGAAGUCAAAGCCAAAGUUACGGCCACAGCCUGAUGACUGGAACGAGGAUUUCGACGGCCUUUGGGAGGACCAGCCAGAUGCAUUGAUUCGUCCCGAUGAGCAGCUCGACGCUGAAGAUGAUCUUGCUAGUGCGGACGGAACACCUGCCCCAAGAUCGAACGCUGCUGCGCGAGGUCGAGGCAGGGGAAGAGGGGGCAUCAGCACAGCCAAGGCAACCUCCUCGCGCAAACCAGCAGCAGCGGCCACCAAAUCGCGGAGGCGGGCCGCUGAACCUGACCAAGACGACGAAGACGAAGAGGAGGACAUUGUCAUGAUGGAAGAUGACGAUGACGAUCACAUACAAGAUGACGGGGACUCCGAUUCGCAGGCCAUCUUUUUCUCCGAGAAGCGAAAGGCUGCAGCAAAACCCCCAACAAGCACUCGCACCCGGGCCACUGCAGCAUCCUCAAGCGCACGGGGACGAAAACAGCCUACGUCGACGCCAGCUACGAGGAAGCCUCCUGCAAGAUCUGCUGCAGCAACGGCGCGACCGUCGAAGCAAGCUACUUUGAAUUUUACAGCAAGUCAAGCAAGCAUUCUAGGCAAUGGGAGCGGACGAAGGCGCCAAGCCGUGAGUGAAGACAUUGAAGAUGACGACGACGACGAUGAUGCCUUCGAGCCAGUGAGUGCUGUGAGAAGCCGUCGAUGAGAUCUAGCGAACGUCGUCGUUAUGUCUUGGUACUCAUUGAUGGUGACGCUUGGCCACAAGUAUCGUGGUGGUAGUCAAGUGACGACCGCCGUGGAAUUGAGCAUCAAGGGAUAUUUGAGGGGCUA